AUGCCCACCAACACCAUCGUCGACAAAACCAAACCAUAUUUCCCUGUGGCAGGCUUGGCCAAUGAUGGCUGGUCGACCGAAGAUGAAGCGACGGCCACCUGCUUUUGUGGCGCCGUGCAACUCUCGUUCCCAACUCAUGGCCCUGGUUUUGUCGGUUCCUUUGUCUGCAACUGCUCCGACUGCCACAAACUCACCGCGUCCGUACACGCGACCAACUUCACCGUCUACGACACGCACCUGAAGCACCUGCGCGGUCGCGACAAUCUGAAGACCUUUGGUCAAUCGCACACUGUUUUCGUAAAAAUCUCGGGCCAGGACAAUACCAUGACCAACUACUUCUGUUCCACGUGCGGCUCGCUCAUGUAUCGGGUCGGCGCGGCUUUUCCGGGCGUGAGUAUCCUGCGGGUAGGCAGCGUGGACGAUUUCUCUCUGCAUGAGACCAAGUUGAAACCCACAAUGGAGCAAUUUACCAAGGACCGUGUGGCCUGGAAACUUCCCACCGAAGGGGCCCAGCAGUUUGAGGAGGACGGCUUACAUGUAAAGUGA